GUGGGAAGUAGUCCAGGAAUCUUUUAAGAAAAGAAGAGCAGCACACUUAAAAGAAAAAAAUCACACUCAACAGAAUGUGACAUCAGCAGGUAACGCAUUCAGGUAUCACACCCAGUGGCUGUCUGAUUGCUCAGAAGUUGAUUGGCCAAGUUCCAGGAGAGUAAUCUUCCAAAUGAGUACACCCGUUAAAGGAACAGAAAGCGUCCACCAGCGAGACUGCCCGGGGACCAACAGCGCCCAGGCGGGCAGGGCCGCCGCCUGCCAGGGAUGCCCCAACCAGAGGCUCUGCGCUACCGGCGCCGCCGCGCCCGACCCGGCGGAGGCGGCGGAGCUGCGGGAGCGCCUGCGGUUGGUGAAGCACACGAUCCUGGUGCUGUCCGGGAAGGGCGGCGUGGGGAAGAGCACCUUCAGCGCCCUCCUGGCCCACGGGCUGGCGGCCGACGAGGCCAAGCAGGUUGCUCUGCUGGACAUCGAUAUCUGUGGGCCAUCGAUCCCUAAAAUGAUGGGUCUAGAAGGAGAACAGGUUCAUCAGAGUGGAUCUGGGUGGUCUCCAGUGUAUGUUGAAGAAAACUUAGGUGUCAUGUCCGUGGGGUUCUUGCUUAGUAGUCCUGAUGAUGCUGUCAUCUGGAGAGGACCAAAAAAAAAUGGGUUGAUCAAACAAUUUCUUCGUGAUGUGGACUGGGGUGAGAUCGACUACCUGAUUGUAGAUACACCCCCGGGAACAUCGGACGAGCACUUGUCCAUUGUGCAGUACCUCAGUGCGACGCACAUAGACGGUGCUGUUAUUAUCACUACCCCACAGGAAGUGUCGCUUCAGGAUGUUCGGAAGGAGAUCAACUUCUGCCAUAAAGUGAAACUGCCCAUCAUAGGUGUUGUGGAAAACAUGAGUGGCUUCAUAUGUCCAAAGUGUAAGAAUGAAUCUCAGAUCUUUCCCCCAACUACUGGAGGUGCAGAGAAGAUGUGCCAGAACUUGAAUGUUUCCCUCCUGGGUAAAGUGCCUCUAGAUCCUCAAAUAGGAAAAAGCUGUGACAAAGGCCAGUCUUUCUUGUCUGAAGCACCUGAGUCUCCAGCCACGUUGUCUUACAGGAAUAUCAUUCAAAGAAUUCAGGAAUACUGUGAUCAACACCAUUUCCAUGAAGAAAAGAUUAUCUAAUCUAUGAAUGGACUAAAAAUGUAGUUCAUGUUUAAUUAUAGAAAAGUAACUUAUGCCUUGAUUUAAUAGAAGGAAUGUAUUCUUUUUGUAUAUUGCAAAUAAAUUCUUAAUAAAAA